AUGGGAGGCUACGGUACAAUCACGUCGCGCUUCAGCGUUUCUAGUAUCUCGCAGUUCUACAGCAGUGGCUCCGAUGGCGAUGACUACGACGAAGACGACGACUACAGCGCUAUGCACGUUGGUGCGACGGAGUCGCGUAACACGGCGGAAAGGGAGGACGCGCCAAAGCCCAGCGCGCCGGAAGAGCCUCAACCCGUAUACACACCUGCCGACGCCGAAAGCGUGGCGUCGUAUGUGUCAACACCCGUUAGCGUGAGCCAACCAGCGGCAGACACACACGCUGAAACUCCUGUUGGUCCGAGGUCAACACCACCCUACCGAGAGGCUUACACAUCGCCGGUCAGCAGCGAAGCUAAGGCCGAAUCCACCCACAGCAGUGUGGCUGGAGGUAGGUCUAGGUCGGCUGGAAGCGUUGGAAGCGCGCCCGCUGACGACAGGUCUUCUCGGCACUCGGGUGGAGAAGAGGAGCGGGCAUCAGGACAUUCUUCGCUAUCUGAGAGGUCGAGGAGUGCUUCUGUAGAGCGGAGCGUGUUGAGUAGUGCUUCUCGCAACUCCCGUAGAACGAAUUCAGGUGGCAGUGAGGUGCGGGGGUCUAUUCAUGUCAGCGCUGCGUCAUCUGGUGGUGAGGAGGUUGAGAGACCCACUCAUGAAGAAAGCGAACCUCUGCACUACGCUGCUAAUAGCGAUCACUCAAGGAAUGGAAGUCCGAAUGAAGCGCAUGUAGCAACGCUAUCGUCUCUAAACCGUGAGUCAGUUGAUGGGUUCAUUAAGCGGAACCCGUCAUACAGCGUGUUUGAAGAUACGACCCUUUUCCCCGCUUCUAGAAUCAACCAGGCAACUGCUGGUGACGCAGAAAGCGUUAAAUCAGGGCAUUUGGCAAGUGGUUCAUCGAGCAGCGAUAUCUCAUCGGUGCGUUCUGAGGCGUCAUAUCCGCGUGGUUCUGCAUCGUCUAUUGCCGGUGAACGUGAGGUGCCGGAAGUUGCCCGGGGUGUUGGGGAGCGCUUUGACGAUAUAAAUGUGACCUCAAAAGUCGUGCAUAGCACUGCGAUUUCUGUUAAUGGCGAAUCUGACGUCCCGGAUAUUGUGACUACCGUCAUCGAUUCCGAGGUUCGGGAGGCUUCCGAUUACGUUGGAGCAUCGGAUGUUCCGAAUAUUGCACGCGUAAAUAUGAAACGUGAGGAUCACUCCGUUUCCAGCCAAGCGAAUUCGUUGAGAGGGUGGCCAAAGGCCGGAAUUAUUGAGGAAGAGCCGAGGGCGGAUGCAAGUUUAACGCCUUCUGAGCACGGAUCCAGUGUGCCUCCUUCCGAGGCUCAAAAUCUUGGAUAUUCUACGGAUCGCAAGACCGGUGUUACAAUGGUGGGACGGAUGCAAGAGAGUGACGGCGAAGCGGAGCAAUCGCCUGCGGCGUCACCGGUAAGCGACAUCGUGGACACCUCCGAUUCCUCAACCUCUCCGAACGUUUUCAUCGAUGUCGGUGAUAAUUACCGCGAUUCGGUCGACAACCCAAAUCUUUUGAGCGCGGAUGUAACUCCGCUGUAUGCCGGGGAUGCGGUGUCUGCCGUUUCGCCGCAAGCAACGGCCGAAGGCAAUACCGGGACAGGUUACGUUUCACCGUCCCACCAAUCUGCAGGUCGCACUGUAGUCCAAAGUGACACUUCAGGUGAUGCUGUUCCCGGACGCAUGGGUCAUCACAGUGCUGCUGCCACUGUGGUUGUGGUGGAGUCGGCGGUGGGCCCGGAUCCGACGUUGGGGGGCUCCACCGCGCAGCAUUCUUCGGAGGAGCACCAUCUUACAAAGGCGCUGUCUAACGAAGUGGCUUACUACAAGCAACUGUAUGCCCAGCUUGAGAGCAAGGUAGCUGAUAUUUGGAACCAGCGUGAAGCUUUUCGUGUGGCAGGCGACCGUAUGGCAGAGAACAUCGUGCGGCACUCUGGUGUAAAGGCGGUGCGGUUCGAGGGACAUACAAGCAUUGAAAGUGAUGAAGACAUUGAAUAUAGCAGCAGGGACGCAGAUGUGACUGUUGGAAACGGUUCUGCACGCUCGUCGCUCAGUAGGCAGAGACCGCAUCGCAGCAGCAGUAGUAUCAAUGCCAGAGAGGUGGUCAGCCCUUCGGUUGGUCGCCUAGACUCUUUCUCUUUAUCGCCACGCGGUAUACGCUGCGACCGUAAUACGAUGGAACGGUUGCUAAACUGCGGUGCCAAGUUGUAUGCGUUCAAGCUCAGCACACCCGGUGUACGGUCUAAAGAGCCGUUGUUCGUUGACGUUUGCCACAUGAAUAGCACUUACAGCGGGAAGGUGAUACUCAGCAAUGAUGUUGGGCUUUUCAAGGUCUCCUUGGCAAAGCCUCCUGCAGAGGCCCAAGGAUCGAUGAGCUACCUUAUGGUUAAUUACCUCGGUUUGCGGCCGGAUCAGUGUUCCUCCGGGUAUCUAUUUGGGUUGCUCAACUCAUUCGCUGACUACGUGGGUCUGCCGUGGUCAACCAACACGGCUUCCGAUGCCGCGGCAUCUCAGCAUGGUAACAGCGGGUCUGCCACUGCACGCAAUCCACAAUCGGACGAAUCGCCUCCGCACGUGCAUAUCAAGUACAUGCAUUCCCUGGUGAAGACGCCGCUGAGCCUUGUCAUCCCCGAGGACAGCUUCCCUUCCAAUUGCAACAUUGGCUCUAUGUUCCAUGGACGUCACGAGCACCUGUUCUGCGUGGAGCAGACACGCGACCUGAAGAAGUCCGAUCUACAGGAUAACGGCAACUUCACAUUCAUCCUGGACACUUCGCCGUCCACGAGCUCCAGGCGCCCGGGGUCACGGCGGUUCAACAGCCAAGUCAACAUCGUGCAUUCCCUCACGCAUGAAUACCUCUGCGUCGACUUGCUUACCCGCGAGCUCCGCUUUGCGGGGGGCCAGUGCAGCCGCGCUUACUCGAAGUACGUGGUGCCGGCUUCGUUCAAGAUGGUACCGCUGUACAACGUGCUGAUAGAACGCGCGUCGGGCGCCCAAGAAAAGGUGGUUGAAGCAGCAGAGUCAGCGCAGUACCGCAGAUGUGUGACCGAGCGUGCCACAUCUCGCCACAGUUAUGAUAUACCGCGUAGUUCACGUCACAUGGUGGACGAAUACGGAAACUUUGCGCCGCAGACCCAGGCAGCCGGUACCCCAGCUCCAACCCCCCGCAGCAAUACGUUGAGCUCCUCCGAGGGACCCACUCCCAAGGACUGCGUGUUGCACCGUACGUAUCCUGGUGAUGUGAAAGAGCGGCAUGCCGACACGUACGACAUUCGCGACAGUGGUGAACGAGGUUCAGACGCACGCAAUGUUGAAGCCAUGUAUAGUUUGUUGGGGACCACUGAUCACCUGCCGAGCCGCCAAGAGCAAGCGUCCGUUAUUUCCCCACGUCGAGGUCCGGUCGUGAAAGAUUUGCGCAUGAAGUUCGAGAAGUUAAGUGCCAGAAACCAGGUAUAA